AUGACCGACGCCAAACCGCACAAUCCCAAGUGGAUCCCCGAGUACCUGCUGGAAACGGCCUUUUCCGAGCGCUACGGUUACACGGAGGACGACGUGGCCCAGGCAGCGUCUGUUUCCGGUGACCUGUCCUUUUUGCGAGGCUGGAACGGACCCCACAAGACCAGAAACACAAGCACAAACACAAGCACAAGCACAAGCAACGGCAACGCGGGUAACGCGGACAACGCGGACAACGGAGGAGCUAAAGCCACAGACACCUCUUGUCCAGCCCCAGUCUCGUCGGCCAACAUGCUGGAACUGCAUCAGCAACAGGACCACAAGCCCAUCUCUCUGCCCAAAUUGCCGACCAUGUGGAUCCCGGCGGUGGACUCCAUCAACUGCAUCCGAGACGAGCUGGAAAUCGACACAGAAACGGGCGACGACGACGGCAAGGACGAAAACGUGGUGUACAAGUCGGACGCCCCUAUCCCCCGAGGCUGUGGCGUCUACUACUACGAGGUGGAGAUUCUGUCGGCCUCCAAAGACUCGGCCGUGUGCAUGGGUUUCUGCAAGACGAGUGCGCCGCUGACCAAACCGCCGGGCUUCGAAACCGAGUCCUGGGGCUACCAUUCCGACUACGGCAACGUCAUGUGUUGCCAGGGCACCUCCAAGGACUAUGGGCCGUCUUUCAACCAGCCAGGCGACGUGGUGGGCUGCUGCAUCAACUUCAAGAAGCGCGAGGCCUUCUUCACAAAGAAUGGCAUGCCGCUGACCAAGGCGUUUUCGGAUCUCCCCUCAGACCCCCUCUACCCCGCCAUUGGCGUCAAGAAGAAGUCCACCAACUCGCCCGGCGCACGCAUCAAGGCCAACUUUGGGGGAUCGGGUCCGUUUGUGUUUGACAUCAAGCAGUACGUGCUCAAACAGAAACACGAGACGCAGAAACGCAUCGAGUCCAGCACAAAGGUGCCUGCCCAUGCGGCUCGAAACGCAUUCCAGGAAAAACAGCUCGCCCAGGGAAACCUCAACCCGCUCAUCAACAACCUAGUCAUGUCGUACCUGACGCAUGUGGGCUACGUGGACACGGCUGAGGCUCUGUACCGCGAUGUGUGCAGAGACCAGGAUAUGCAAGACGAAGGGACCGGUGGAGGCGAUGUGAGUAUGGAGCCUCCUUCCGAUGAGGGACUCAAGUCGCUAGCGUCAUACCUUUCUCCAGACAUUACCAUCAGGCACCAGAUCCGCGGUCUGAUUCUGUCGGGCGACAUUGACGGCGCCAUGGCUCUGGUGGAGGAGCAUUACCCGACCGUGUUUGAGUCUCAGGAUAUGGUGCUGUUCCAACUCAAGUGCCGUAAGUUUGUGGAGCUGCUGCAGGCCAACGAGGUGAUUGAGGCUGUGGAGUAUGGCCGGGAACUCAAGAUGGAGUACGCCAACGACCCCCGCCCACAGGUGCAGGAUUUGUUGCGUCACGCCUUUUCGCUGAUUGCCUACGAUUCCGAUCAGGUGAACGAGGAGCUCGACACAGUCAAGUCACGGGAGGAGCUAUGGGAGCAGCUGUCGUCGGCCAUUCUGGUUGCCCAUGGACGGUCGCCCGUGGCGCCUCUCAAGCGCAUUGUUCAGCAUACGCGGCAGAUGAUCAAGGUGUUGGGGGAGAGUGGAAAUGACACUGCGAGUUUCUUGAACGUGACGAGGGAUUUUAUGUAG